GACUAAGGCGCGUGCGCAUCGCUGUGGAACUAGGAGCCGGCUGGGAUCUGCGCCUAGCCGGAGCGUGACAUAGGGCGUGAGACUAUCAGUGAGGAGUAAAGGCGGUAGCCGGUUUUGUGGGACCCUACCCGGCCACUGCCUGCGGUCGGCGUUGUGCUGCCUUUCGCUGCGAAGCCCCCGCAUCCUAGUGCUUAUGUUCCGGACGAGCCCGCGCUCGCCCUGAAGUGGGGCCCGAGGUCUCAUGAAGCCGGUGUAGUCGAGGGUGUGAAGGGAACUGGCAGCGCGAUGGAUGAGGACCUGACGGUCGCGCUGCGGCUGCAGGAAGAGUGGGAUGCGCGGGCCGCCAAGCGCGCAGCGCGGGAGACCCUGUCGCUGGUGGACCCGUCCUGGGAACUGUUGGACCCCAACCCGAACCUGCAGGGCCUAUUCGUGCAGUUCAACGACUGCUUUUUCUGGGGUCGGCUGGGGGCCGUGGAGGUGAAGUGGAGCCCGCGCAUGACGCUGUGUGCUGGGAUUUGCAGCUAUGAAGGCCGUGGCGGAAUGUGUUCCAUCCGUAUCAGUGAACCCCUUUUAAAGUUCAGACCAAGAAAAGAUCUUGUAGAGACUCUCUUGCAUGAAAUGAUACAUGCCUAUUUAUUUAUCACUAAUAAUGAUAAAGACCGGGAAGGACAUGGUCCAGAGUUUUGUAAACAUAUGCAUCGAAUCAAUCGCCUGACUGGAGCCAAUAUUACGGUACACCACACAUUUCACAGUGAGGUGGAGGAGUACCGCCGACACUGGUGGCGCUGCAAUGGGCCAUGUCAGCACAAACAGCCAUAUUACGGCUAUGUGAAACGUGCCACCAACAGGGCACCCUCUGCACAUGACUCCUGGUGGGCUGAGCACCAGAAAGCCUGUGGAGGCACUUACAUAAAAAUCAAGGAACCAGAAAAUUACUCCAAAAAAGGAAAAGGAAAGACAAAGCAGCCUGUAUCAACAGUGGAGAAUAAAGAUAAGCCCAAUAGAAGUGAGGCACAACCGCUAAUCCCUUUCAGUGGGAAAGGGUAUGUUCUGGAAGAGGUGAGGAAUCCAUCUUCAUCUGGGAAAUCGAUUGCCUCACGUGCCAUCAAUGAAUCCCAAGAUCUUUUAAGUCAGGACAAUUCAGCAUGUGCUAUAAGAUCUGAUUCUACCAUCGAGGUGAAAUUCAAACAGAAUGGUUCAAGUGAAAACUCUCCUCAUCAAGUCCCUCCUGUACACCAAAGUGUCCUAAGCACCUACUUUCCCAGAGUCUCAGUUGUCAACCUAAAGUCUUUCAGAAGUGUGAACGGAUCCCAAUUGAAAAAUGGAACCAUUGGUGACAUCACUAAACACUCAGUCUCUUCUAAUUCUCAAAGGAAGGUUCCAUCUUCUAAGACAUCCCUGAGAAAUCCCUCCCAAGUGAUGGCCUCGGCAUCUGUAACUGCAUCCCAGUAUGGACAUGGGUCCAAAGACAAGUUCCCAGCCAAACGACCCAGGCUAGAAGACAAAAGCAUUUUUGACACCUUUAUGAAGAAAGAACAACUACAAAGUGAUAGGAGUGAGCCAAAUAGUAGUUCACACUUUACAGCUACAACUCAGAGUUCCAGCAGCUUACGCAGUCAGAGUCAGCUGGUCAGCUGUCCAGUGUGUCAGACUGACGUUGUGGAGUCACAGAUUAACGAGCACCUAGACCACUGCCUGGAAGGUAGUGCCAUCAGUGUUUAGAAGCUGAAAAGUCUGAAAAACGAAUCUCACCUGCUGCCUCUAUUUUCACACAAAUAAAUGGCCAGCUGGUAGAGAAGUUCUGGUUGACACUAAGUCUGAAGGUUAGGAUCCAGUUCACACACCAGCACAAAUGUUCUAUUGUAUUUAUACAUAUGGGAGAUUGUAGUUAACAGUAUUUGCUUCUCCAGCUGGGCAUGGUGGCACUCCUAUGGUCCCAACUACUCAGGAGGCUAAGAUGGGAGUUUGAGAUCAGCCUGAGCAACGUAUGCCCCAUUUUUUUUAAAACAAAAAUUUUUUUUACAUGUCAGAGUGCUACAUUCACUCUUGCCUUACUUGCACUGUAGGCCAGGGUUUAUUCUGCAUGGAUAAUUUUAAGUACUUUUAUUUUUUCUUGCUCUUGAAGAUCUUUACAUGUGUUAAUCUUUUUAUUUGUACAAUUUCUGUUAGCAAUCUUGUCAAGUAUUUGGUUAAGUUGAAUAUUUCUUUAAGUAAUAGUAUUAAAACAUACUUCCCUGGACUGAUGUUCAUCUUCACAGUGUCAAACUUACCAAAAACAAUUUGGAGUGCAAAGUGGAAAAGUUCUUUUAGAGUAUUCAAGGUUUUUGUCUUUCUAAUUUUUCCCAAAAGCUUAGGAAAUGAAUUUUCUAUAUUUCAAAGAAUUUUUUCUGUUUCACCCUUAACUAGAGUUGGCAGCAGAUUUUAGGUGAAAAUAGAUAAACAAAAUAGUAAAAUAAGUAAAUUUAUUUUGGAGUAUUACUAAUGACAAUAGCCAUUAUAAUUCUGUAGGCCACAUUCCAUAUCCAGUUUAAUUUUCUAUUAGUACUGUAUUUAGCAAAAUGAGUGGUUAAAGCUGAGUGCUGGCAAGUAACUGGUAUGUGUAGCAUAACAAAGUUGCCUAGUUCAUGGGAGUCAAAAAUAUCUGCCAAACAGUAUUUCAAACCUUCAGCCAAAAUUGAAAACCAUUAUAAUAAAAGGAAUACCAUUUAUGCACUUAAAAAUGUAUUCUUUUUGCAAAUGCAAUCACUCCUUUCUGUGUUCCAGCAAAGGGACAAAGAUAUUUGGAUCCAUUUACUUCUUGCCCAUAGCUGUACUAUUUGCCAGAACCUUAGUUGUUCAGUUGUCCUUUUUCUUUGUUGGAAUAUAAUUUGUAUGUGGUAAGGUACACAAGUCUGAAUAAAGUCAGAGUAAAUUUGCAUAGAGUUUACCUGUGUGACUUAAAAAUUAAAACCUUUGUCUUGCUCAGGGAGACUUCCCUGUGCUUGCCUUUUUCUGGCCAGUGCCCACCAUGCUCACCGUCCCCAAGAGCACAACUAUUUUCAUCUGUUACCAAAGAUUAGUUUUAGCCUAUUUUUCAGGCUUUAUAAAGUAUCUUUGUUGGUGUAUGUAGCAGUUCAUUUUCAUUGCUCUGUAGUAUUUGUGUGAAUAUAGAAUGGUUUAUCCAUUGUAAGAUUAAUGAACGUUUAAACGGUUCUCAGUUUGGGGCUGUUAGAAAUAAUGCUGCUAAGAACAUCCCCUAGUCCUGUUGGGAAUACACACGGAUUGGCUUGCUGGGUCACAGGGUGUAUCUAUGUAGCCUUAGUAAAUACUGCUAGUUUACACUCAUCCUAGCAGUGCCUGAGCCUUUCCAGUUGUUCAGCAUUCUUAACAUUGUUUUUACCCUGUCUUAAUUGGAUGAAGUUUUGAUAUUAAAGCAUAAAGUUAAAAAAAAUAGUAUAUAGAUAAAUGACUAUUAAAAUAUGUUUUUUAAAUAUAUACUGUUAACAUCAGUUUAACAAGUGCAAUAAAUAUAUUUUUAGUAAAACCAAAA